AUGCCGUCUUUCAUGAAGUUCGCUGCUGCGGCUCUCGCCGUCGCUGCCCCUCUCGUUUCUGCUCAGACUUACUCUGACUGCAACCCCAUGGAGACAUCCUGCCCUCCGAACAAGGGUUCGACCGAGUCCAGCCUUCACUUUGACUUCACCCAGGCUAGUGGACUUGACCAGUGGAAGAUCAGUGGCGGCAGUGUUCCCACCGGCUCUAAUGGUGCCGAGUUCACUAUCAACAAGGAAGGAGAUGCUCCUACCCUUGUCAGUGACUUCUACUUCUUCUACGGUGAAUUGACCAUGGAGAUGAAGACUUCUCCUGGCCAAGGCAUUGUCAGCUCCGCCUUUUUGCAGUCUGAUGACAAGGAUGAGGUUGACUGGGAAGCAUUGGGCGGAAAGGACAACACCAUUGAGACCAACUACUUCGGAAAGGGCGAUACCACCACCUAUGACCGUGAGACUUGGGUCCCCGUCUCCAGCCCUCAUGCCUCUUUCCACACCUACACCAUCCAAUGGUCCAAGGACACCAUCAACUGGCUGAUUGAUGGUGCUAAUGUCCGCACUCUUAACUACAACGAUGCCCAGGGUGGUGCUCGCUUCCCUCAGACCCCUAUGAACAUCCACGUUGGUAUCUGGGCCGGUGGUGCUCCUACCAACGGACAGGGUACCAUUGACUGGGCUGGUGGUCUGACCGACUACUCCAAGGGUCCCUACUCCAUGUACAUCAAGAGCAUCAGUGUCAAGAACGCCAACCCCGCCGAGUCCUACACUUGGUCCGACAAGUCUGGCUCCGCUGAAAGCAUCCAGUUCACCGGCUCCAACGCCGUGAGCUCGCGCAGCACCACCACAUCUGAGGCUCCCACCACCACCUCUGAGGCUGCCACUAGCUCCUCUUCCGAGGCUUCCUCUUCCACCCAGUCUCCUUCCACCACCACUGAGAGCACUUCCACCACCGAGAGCACUUCCGUCGCUGCUACUACUCUGGCUACUAAGACCUCCACCUCCUCCUCUGCCGAGUCCACUGCCGCCUCUAGCUCUGGUGCUGCCAGUGCUUCCAGCUCUGGUGUCUCCCCCAGCAGCUCUAGCAGCCCCAGCUCUAGCAGCCCCAGCUCUGGCUCAAGCUCUGGCUCCAGCUCUACCUCUGAAUCUAGCUCCGGUUCCGGAUCCAGCACUGAGACCGGCUCCAGCUCCAGCUCAUCCUCUGGAUCUGGCUCAUCCACCAGUGCCAGUGCCAGCGCCAGCCCUAGCUUUAACGCAGCUGCCUCUGUCGCUGCCAGCUACUUGGGACCUGUCUCCCUCCUGGGUCUGGUGACCGCCCUGCUCCAGCUUUAA